AUGGCUCAGGUCCCGCCUCCCAAGUCGAAGCUCGACAUCCUGCCCAGGAUGCAGGCAAAGGGGCCCUUCUCCGUUCCCUCUCCCGGCGCCGAAGCCAAGGACGGCGAGACUCUGCCCCGCCGACUUCCCCAGGCGGUCCCCGACCUCAUCACCGUCCCCGGCAGCGGCAAGAUCACAACUACCUUCGAGCUCGUCAAGCAGAGCGCCGAGAAGUACGGCAACGCCAGGUGCUUGGGCUCGCGCAAGCUGGUCAACACCCACCGAGAGACCAAGAAGGUGAAGAAGAUGGUUGACGGCGAGGAGCGCGAGGUCGACAAGCAAUGGACCUACUUUGAGCUGAGCCCCUACGAAUACAUCACCUUCCACGAGUACGAGCGCCUUACCCUCCAGCUCGGCUCCGGUCUGCGCAAGAUUGGCUUGACCAAGGCCGAUCGUCUGCACCUCUACGCCGCCACGAGCCAACACUGGCUGGCAAUGUCUCAUGGCGCUGCCUCUCAGUCCAUGCCCGUGGUCACCGCCUACGACACCCUCGGCGAAGAGGGACUCAAGUACUCCAUGGUGGCUACCUCCGCCAAGGCCAUCUUCCUCGACCCCCACCUGCUGCCUACGCUGGGCAACGUUCUCCAGGAGGCAAAGGACAUUCGCUACGUUAUCUGGAACAACCAGCACCAGAUCCAGCAGACACACCUCGAGCAGCUCAAGUCUGCCCACCCCGAGAUCCAGGUCAUGAGCUUCGAGGAGUUGCGAAAGCUCGGCGAGGAGAACAUGGUCGACCCGGUCCCUCCCGCCACCGAGGACCUGUGCUGUAUCAUGUACACAUCUGGCUCAACCGGAACCCCCAAGGGUGUUCCCCUCAAGCACAAGGCCGUUGUGGCCGCUGGUAUGUCUUUCCCCGGAACUCCCUUCAUUGGCCCCGGCGACGGUCUCCUGACCUACCUCCCGCUCGCCCACAUCCUCGAGUUCGUCUUUGAGAACGCCUGCAUCUACUGGGGCACAACCAUGGGCUACGGCAACCCCAAGACCCUGUCCGACAACUCUGUCCGCAACUGCGCCGGUGACAUUCGGGAGUUCAAGCCCUCCGUCAUGGUUGGUGUCCCCGCGGUGUGGGAGACUGUCAAGAAGGGCAUUAUCGCCAAGGUCAACGCCGGCAGCGCCCUCGUCAAGACUUUGUUCUGGAACGCCCUGUCUGCCAAGCAGCACAUGAUGAGCCUUGGUGUUCCCGGCACCGGCGUGCUCGAUUCCGUGGUCUUCAAGAAGCUCAAGGAGGCCACCGGUGGUCGUCUCAAGCUUUGCAUGAACGGAGGUGGUCCCAUUGCGAAGGAAACCCAGCAGUUCAUUUCAAUGGCCAUCGCCCCAAUGAUUAUCGGCUACGGUCUCACAGAGACCACGGCCAUGGGCUGCCUGACGAACCCGUUGGAGUUCAGCGUCAACAACAUGGGCGCGAUGCCCGCGUCCAUUGAGAUCAAGCUGGUCGACUUUGCCGAGGCCGGCUACUACGCCACCAACAAGCCCAACCCUCAGGGUGAGGUUUGGAUCCGUGGACCCUCCGUUCUGGAGGAGUACUACCAGAACCCCAAGGAGACCAAGGAGGCCAUCACCGAGGAUGGUUGGUUCAAGACUGGCGACAUUGGCGAGUUUGACAGCCAAGGUCACCUGAAGCUGAUUGACCGCAAGAAGAACCUGGUCAAGACUCUCAACGGCGAGUACAUUGCGCUCGAGAAGCUCGAGUCCAUCUACCGCGCUGCUGCUGUGGUUGCCAACAUUUGCAUCUACGCCGACGCCAACAAGGCCAAGCCCAUUGCCAUCAUCGUGCCUGCUGAGCCGGCUCUGAUCAAGCUCGCGGAGAGCAUCGGCGUCCAGGGCAGCAAUCUGGAGGGGCUGGUGCACGACAAGAAGCUGCAGAGCGCCGUCCUCAAGGAGCUGCAGAAUGCCGGCCGCUCAGGUGGCCUUUCUGGCAUUGAAAUCAUUGAGGGCGUUGUCAUGUCCGACGAGGAGUGGACACCACAAAAUGUGAGCAUCCUUGAUUCAUAUUCCCAAGCAACUGCUAACCAUUCCCAGGACCUCGUCACGGCCGCACAGAAACUUCAGCGCAAAAAGAUCCUCGAAAAGUACAAGUCCGAGGUGAACAAGGCCUACGGUUCGUCUUAA